AUGCCCCUUCCUCCUCUGUUCUGGCAACUGCCAGACUUGUCUACCACAACAGAGCAUAUACCACCUCCAACAUCACGUCCUCAUGAACCACAUCAAAAAGAAUCAUCCAUGCGGAAUACGCGCCGUCGACUGACCCGCGAACCGCGGUAUUCUUCAGAACAAUCUAUGGAAAUUCAUGAUGUAUCUCCUGCAGUUUUAUUAGCAAGAGCUCGAGAAGCACAGGAUUAUCGUUCAUCAGAGAGACUCACUCAUGUAUCAGAAACUGAGUUGCUUCGAGACUUGAUUUACAUAUUUCAAGGCAUCAAUGGACAAUACAUUCAAUAUGACCCACUCAACAGAAGUUACGGAUUCAUAAGUGGCGUAGAAAUAUCCGAACCAACCAAAGAAAUUGUUUUCAAAUUGACAGAUAUAGGAUUGUAUUAUAUGAAUAUUCAAACGCUUAUUAAUAAUGUAGGCUCGCCCAAUAUCGGGCUGAUACAGCAGUCCUUGUGUGCCACAUUUCAGCAUAAUUUAGCUGACUACUACCGUUUCAUUGCGGUUUUGGAGGCAAAGAUAGAGAAACAGAUGGCUGCUAAGGAUACAAUAUGGACAGAGGACAGUUUAUCAUUGAAACGACUUUUAGGAUGGGCAUUGCAAAGUCAACAAGAAUUAAAGUUGAUGGAUGCUUUAGCGACAAGCUGCGAAGGUUUGAAAGGAGGAAAACUUUUAACUGAGAUACACAACUUCACUAAACACGGUGAUCCUUUCAUAAAAAAAUACAUUACAAUGACGCUGCGUAGUGUAUCAAAACCAUUCUAUGAAAUGUUGGAAAGGUGGAUAUAUGAGGGCGAACUUGAUGAUCCAUUUGAUGAAUUCUUUGUAGCUUGUAAUUCUGACGCACCUCAAGAUCAACUUUGGCUAUACCAAUAUACCUUACGUGACAAUAUGCUGCCUAAUUUCAUAUCUAAGGAAUUAGCUCAAAAGAUCUUUUCUAUUGGUAAAUCACUCAAUUUUAUACGAUACAGUUGCCAAGAAACAUCUACUUCUUCAGAAGCUGCCACUUAUUUUCCGAAUGACAAAGAAAAGUCCUUCGAAUAUGGAAACAUACAACAUCUUGAAAAAGCCAUCGAAGUAGCCUAUAAAGAUACAAGUACAGCACUGUUAACACUGCUCAGAAACAAAUACAAGUUGAUGGAUCAUUUGAAGGCCUUGAAGCGGUAUAUGCUUCUUGGACAAGGCGAUUUUAUUGCUUAUUUGAUUAAUGCAUUAUGGUCACACUUGAACAAACCUGCAAAUUUAAUAUAUCGACAUAAUUUAACGAGCAUUCUGGAAUCAGCCAUACGUUCUUCUGAUGCUCAGUACGAUAAUCCUGAUCUUAUACGUAGACUCGAUGUCAAGCUUUUAGAGUUCCAAAGAGACGACAUUGGUUGGGAUGUGUUUACUUUAGAAUACCAUGUUGAUACCCCUAUAAACACUGUUCUCAAUCCUGAAGCUAUGAAGAAAUAUUUACAGAUAUUCUAUUACUUGUGGCGACUAAAACGUGUCGAAUGUACUUUAUCCUUAGCUUGGCGACAAUGGUUUAAAGCUCGACGAGAUUUUCAAAAUUUGAUCAAUAUACAACAAGACAUUCAUUCGACGCAAAUUACAAUACAAUAUAUGGUCCAUUUCGUAUACCAACUACAGCAUUAUAUUUUAUUCGAGGUCCUGGAAUGCUCGUGGAAUAAACUAGAGACUUUUAUUGAAAAUAAGAGUAUCGAUUUGGAUUCAGUUAUAGCAGCUCAUGACGAUUACUUGUCAGAAAUUUUGGAAAAAGGGUUUUUGAGUAGCACGAAGGGAGAAGAGUUUGCACCUCGCUUGAAGACCAUUUUGGAAUGUAUAUUGAAUUAUAAAAUCGUUCUAGACAAUUUACAUAACUUUGCAACUACUAUUUCUGCAAGAGUAGCAAAUGACAAUAGCAGCAACAGAGUCAGUAUGGAAAAACUUCGAAGAAUCAGAGACCAACAGGAAAAGAUGGAAGACGAUUUCAGAAAGCAAGUAUUACACUUUUUACGUCUGCUGCGAGCCUAUCACGAUGAAGAUCUACGUUCUUUAGCAACUCGGUUGGACUAUAAUGAUUUUUAUGCAGGAUUAGCGCCGAAUGACCAUAUAGUGCCUACUUCUAAUUUGCUCGAAUCAUAUGAGACUGGAAGCUUUGAAAUGGCCAUAUAA